GUCUCCUUUCAAUUUGCUGUAUGGGAAGGACUGCCACUUACCUGUGGAGGUCGAAUAUAAGGCUUUAUGGGCAGUAAAGAUGCUGAACUUUGAUAUAAAGGCAGCACAAGAAAGGAGGGUAAUGAACUUGUUUGAGCUGGAGGAGAUAAGAAUGAAUGCCUAUGAGAACUCUAGGAUUUACAAGAUGAGAACCAAGGCAGCCCACGACAAACUGAUUCGCCUUAAGGAUUUCAAGGUUGGGGACAGUGUGCUCUUGUAUAACUCCAAGCUAAGGUUGUUUCCCGGGAAGCUGAGGUCAAAGUGGGCGGGACCAUUCAAGAUUCACGAAGUUCUACCCUAUGGGUCCCUCACUUUACUCAAUCAAGAGGGGAAGGAAUUCACAGUGAAUGGACAUAGAUGCAAGCCAUAUCUAGGAAUGACCCCCACAGAGGAGAUCAUCACUCCUCUAGAAGAUCCAACCCCGGCCUAA